GUGAUAAACUUAUUAAAUAGGUAGCAAAUUACCAUGAAUGGUCAACAAAGUCAACUAAAUUUAUAUUUGAUUGCAUCCAAUUUGUAUAGCUGAUAGUUGAUUAUGAUGGCCUCACCGACAUUUCAAAAGAAUGGUGCAUAUGCUGGAAAUGUCAGUAAUCCUCAUGCACCAAGGAAGCCAGUGCCUACUCUUGUAUUCCGACAGAAGUCAUCACGGCCCCUCUUGCUGAACAGUCAGUCCUUAGCUUCUAAUUUUAAAGCUGUUACAUCAGGAGAUAGAUCUUCAGCUAACAGGUUCAAAAACAUGUCGUCGAGAAACGUGCCGGUGAAAAGUCAGUAUGCAUCAGCUGUGGCGACGCAGCCAGUUGUUCACACGGAUUCUGCUUCCUACACACCACUUGCUCAGUACUUCACAUUCACCGGGCGUCUCAACCCAGUAAGAGAUGGCAAAUCAGGGAAAGAGGUGGAAGGGGGGACAAAUGACGUCAUCAAUAAGUUGGAGAGUGUUUCCUACAAGCUGAAGUUGAAUCAGGAUUUACAGAAUGGUGAUGCACACAGAGACGAGCACUCAAAGGAUGUCAACGUUGAAGAAGAUCUAAAAAACCAUACAAAUGGCUUCAUCGAAGAGACUGAUACACAGAAGACAUUCAAAAGCGAAGAGCAGCAGUGUUUCCAUUACUUUGAGCCCCAUUUACAUGCAGGGAAAAACAACAAGCACGGCAGAGCAGAAGAAACUCAGCCGAGAAUUGGAGGGGCAAAUGAGAACGGGGUGGUGGAGUUUGUAGAAUGGGACAGCAGAUAUGCAGGGGGUGACAAUCAGCUGCUAAAGGUCGGCAAAGGUCAACGACCCCAGAGUGCGGCAGUGUCAUACGCUCUACAUCGACAGACUCCAGCGAAGCCUGAUCCUCCAAAACGACCAAGCAGCAGCUGCAGUUCAGCCAUGAAGACGAAACCAGUUGCUGCUGUUGUGAACUCUUCGCCCAACCCCUUUCUUCGACCAGUGCCAAUCAUGCCCCCUCCUAGUUCACACGACGGGGUCUUCUCCAGCCACUCAACAGAAUCGAGUGUUGCUGCUGGCCAGAAUGGAACAACGAAAGUAGUGCAAAAUGGCACUUUGAAGUCUUCAAACUUCGCCAGAGGAGUUUCAGUGUUCAACAGUCGAGCCGCCAUGGUUCAACCCCAACCAAGGCCGCCCAGGUACAACAGCUCCGGAACAGGACAGACCUCGACAGCCAAUCAGAAUCAACAGCCAGUGAGCGAUCACAAUCAUACAACGAAUACACUUAAUUUGACUUCGUCGACGACAGAUUUGAGCCGAAUAGCGGGCGAGAAGGUCUCAUAUCUGCAGAGAAUCAAUUCUGGCAGUGCGCACAUGAGACUACAACAACAACAACAACAACAGCAGCAGCAGAACUUGAACAACAGCAGUGCUACUGGUGGUCAGUCAGUGGAUUGUGCCAAACAGACUGACGCUUCCACGAACCAUAGAAUGGGUGCCAAACACCAUUUCGUAGUGCAGAAAGACAAUAGAUGGGAGGUUGUGGCAGAUAGUUCCACCUUAGCCGACAGCUCACUAGACCGAAGCAGUCUACAAUUAAACCAAAACCACAGUCAGAAUACUAAUGCUAACCAUAAUAAACCACAACAACCUCUGCCGACGGCCCCCUCUCAGACAGAUAAGCCAGUUCAACCAGUGAGACCCAUGCUCAGAACAGACCACGUCUCGCACAAUCAGAACACGAGUCAAAGCGAUCACAAAAGCCCACAAGUGAAGACGAAAGACUCGAAUAGUAGUUAUAAUAAUAGUCAUAAUAACAAUGCAGUGGUAGUGAAGGUGAUGAAAAAACAGUCAGUUGGCAAUAGUGAGAGUCACAAUUCACAGAAGAUGUCGGCCAAAAGAGAACAUAGUGAUAAAAUGGGUGGUGGAAAUGUAGCGAAUAAGCGCUCCAGUUCUUCAGAGAGUCAGAACACGAACAGUUUGGGAGGCACAAACACGCGUAGCAAUACAAGAGCAAAACUUACCUCUAGAAAUCAGUCGGUAAAUCGCAAAUCAACAACUCAAUCAUCUGCAAGUGGGAAGACAAUUAAACAGCAGAGCAACGUGACGAAUGGUGGUGAAGUGAGAAAGGGAAAACAGCAGCGACUACCUCUGGCCGACUUGGAACAGAUGCACAAUCAGACAGAUGAGACAGACGUGAACAACAACAGUGUGAUGAUAGCUCCCAUGGGCAAGGAUAGAUUGUCAAGACCGGAUCUGAAGUCGAAUGGGAGAGGUUUCUCCCGAGCGAGGAGUUCUACAAGAGAGAACAGCAGGGCAGAUGACAGCAUCAACAGAGACCGAGACAACUCCUCCUCUCUUGUGCCUGCCGCUGCCACUACCCUCAGAAAACACAGGUCUGAAUCUUUGAGGCACCCGACGGAGCGAGCAUCUCAGAACCGUCACAGGAAAUCCACGGCCGCCGCCGAUCGGUCCCACCAUUCGAUUCCAACUCACAGAAGUGUAUCUCAAACUCGCAAAUCGCAAUACAACCCAGGACAUGCUGCCCCUCAGAGUAAUCUGCUGCGAGGGUCUAGAAGCAAAAUGGGUCUCAAUAGGAGUUCACAACUGUCCAUUUCGUGUGAUGUUCCUGACGAUGACGACGAUGAAGAUGUAGUUCAUUCGGGAAAUGACGAAGACGACGAGGAGGAUGACGUCACCGAAGACUUCGAAGAUGACGGAGCUGAUUUUGAAGACGACGAAAUGAACUCAUUGGACGACGACGACGCUUCGGCAGGAAGAUUGUCUGCGUGCAGUAGCUAUAGCAACCUGUCCCGUCUCGGCCACGGGGAAAGCGACGAAGGCGAGGAGGACGACGAUGAUGAGGACGAGAGUAAGACAGCUGUGACGUCACUGAGCAGAAGUAGGGCCCAGUCGGGGGUCGGGAGGGAGAUGGUGCCGAAUGAGGAGGGACUUCUACCUGCUCUCUGGCCCUCUCUCUUCAAAUACAUUCCACCUACCAUCUUCUUCCACCUCAAGACAGAAAAGGUCGCUGUCUUGCCACACGAUGCGAGGAAGCUGCUGAAGUGGAAGCCCAGUACAAUCUGUCCCAAUGUGGUCAAGAACCUCAUCGCCAGAGUCGGAUUCAAAUUCUCAAAAAGCUCAACGGAUAUCGCAGAAGGAAACAGCGAUUGGAUUUGCUACUGGGGGAAACAUAUGAAGGCCGAGUGCUUCAGGAACGUCAAAGAAUACCAGAAGGUGAACCACUUUCCGGGCACAUUCCAGAUAGGGCGAAAGGACAAACUGUACCGGAAUCUAACCCGGCUGCAGAGCCGAUACGGCCAGAAGCACUUCAACUUCUUCCCCAACACAUUCGUGCUCCCAGUGGACCUCAGACUGCUGAAGAGGUGCUGGGAUGAUGGGGGUUACAAGAACAAGUGGAUACUAAAACCGCCGGCGUCUGCUCGUGGAAUUGGUAUCAAAGUGAUCAACAAGUGGAAUCAGAUUCCAAAGAGGAGGGCAGUGCUGGUGCAGAGAUACAUCAACAAGCCAUUCCUCAUUAACGGCUCCAAGUUCGACCUCAGGAUCUACUGUUUCGUCAGCUCCUAUGAUCCCCUCCGCGUCUAUGUCUACAACAACGGUCUCGCCAGAUUCUGCUCAAUGAAGUACUCUAGUUCUGUGAAGAAUAUCAGCAACAAGUUCAUGCAUCUGACUAAUUACUCGGUGAACAAAUUCAAUUCGGACUAUUUGUCGAAUGACAGCAGCACCAAGUGCGAGGGACACAAAUGGACUCUGCAGGCGCUAUGGGGAUGGAUGGAUAGACGAGGUAUUGACCACAGGAAGAUAUGGAAUACAAUCCAAGACAUCGUAGUCAAGACCAUCAUUGCGUCAGACCACUUUGUGAGCAGUGCGACUAAGGCGAAUCUGAAGAACAGGAGAUCGUGCUAUGAAUUGUUUGGCUUCGACAUCAUCCUCGAUGACAACCUUAAACCUUGGAUCCUGGAGGUCAACAUAUCGCCCAGUCUGCACAGCAACUCCGAACUGGAUAUUUCAGUCAAGGAAAACAUGCUGAGAGACUUGUUCAAUGUAUUAGGUCUCACUGUCCCUGAUAAAGAAGAAGUGGCAUCUGCCAACAUGAAGUGUAAAUUUAAGCUGCCAUACAUGAAGGAUGGCAAAUUCAUACGCGAUGCCCAGCUAACACAAAAUGAAAGAGCCAAACACGUGCACUACAUGCAAAGGGCUAGUGAUGAGGUGGUGAAGUCGACGAUUUUGGAUAUUUUGACGGCUGAGGACAUCCGACUGCUGGCUGAGACGGAGGACGAGAUGAACAGAGCGGGAGAUUUCGUCCGAGUGUUCCCAGCCAUCAACUCUACGCAGUACUUGCGCUACUUCGACCAGCCGGCAAAGUAUGCCAAUCUUCUGCUGGACGAGUGGGCCAGAAGAUAUGCGUAUAUGCCUCAAAGAGGAAUAGAGGUGCUGGAACAUCUGUGCGCUGUGCGUGCCCAUCUGGGGGAGAGGGACGACCUGUGCAAGUGGAGCCCCACUUUAGGAAACAACACCAUGGCCUCCAUGUUCAGACUACAUCCCCAACACACCACCAACUUCAGAGCAACUUCAAACAUCGCCACAGCUAAUGGACCGAACUCGUCUCGAAGUCGGAAUAAGUCUUCAUCGGCGACGGCAGCGGCCGCCGAAACAGUAAACGUGAACAGUGUAGGGACGAAACUCAAGGCAUUGCAGAUGAAGACGGAAGCGGCAGCACUUGAGUUGGAGUCGCAAUGCUCUAGCGUGGAAACUGAGUAUGAUGAUGACUAUGCUCUGUCGUCAGUGGUAAAAAAGAGUUCACAGAUUAAGUGUGAGCAACUAGAGCGAGACAGAAGGGAGGCGCUACUCCAGGAAGUAUCCAGGAUACUCAAAAAAUGGGAUCUCUCGGCAACCUCUCAGUCCAAAACGUGAACAACAACCACAACAACAAGAGAUCAAAGCGACCACAAACAGCGAGAUUAUCUGCUGGUAAUAGUAGUAGCAGUAGUAGAGGGAAAAGCAACAACAGUAUGCCUUUCAGACUUCAGUUCAAAUCAAAUACAAAUCCUUAUUUAUGAUGAAGACCCAGAAACGCCCUCAAAAACAAUUGAUGAAGGAGUUUCAAGAAAAAAGGUCGAAGUCAAUGCUCGGAUACGCCUAAUAGACAGUUGCUAUGAAUAUUAUCUAUCUCUUAAAGGUGCUCCCAACUUGCUCUCGUUAGUCUAAUUUGUUAAUAGAACAUAUCUGUAUAAAAUUUUAUAAUUCACUCUUGUCAAAUAUAUAUUUAUGUAAAUAUGUACAAAUAUUUUGGAAGAAUUAGUUUUGAAGGUGCACAGUAUGUAAAUUCGAAUUCAGUAUUUUCUCUGUUU